CGGAGCGAAUAUAUUUAAAGACGGUCAAAAAUUUAGAACCGGCCCCUUCAGUACUUCUCUGAGUUCUCUCAGAUAUUCUCUGAUCUACAGAAUCUGUUCGUAUCUGAAAAGUGUAUUCGAUAAGAUGUUUUGGACCCAUGGAUAUACGGAGUUUCCACUCUGUUCUUGAAGAGAUGGCGGAAAGAUCAUCGUCUCCGCCGUUAAUGUGCAAACCAGCAGCAGCAGAAGCCGCCAUUUAAGCCCCCCAUCCAUCAUCUGGUCAUGCAACCGGCGCAUCCGGCCUCUUCUCGACUGCAUCGACCAGCUCAAUCAACAGCAUCGCCAAACGACGUCGUUUUGCAAAAAAAAUCGGAUAAAGAUCGGUAGCCGGCUGGGCAGUGCCGCAUAUAGCCUUGGAGCCGCCCCAGGCCUGCUCCGGAUUAGCCUUUACCAGGUUUCUGCAGUUUUUUUAUCUUUCGGUUUAAAGACCUACUCCGUAUUAGACCUUAAAGGUAAAUAGGAUUAAACACCUACAGUUUUUUUAUCUUUAAAUUUUUUUAAUUUCAUGCCGUAUUUGCCUAUUUGGUGGAGAUUUUUUUUUUUUUUAAAUUUCUCCAUCAUGCCGUAUAUGGUGGAGACUGGAGAAAUAGGAUUAAAAGUCUGCAUAUUUCAUGUUUUCUUUCACAUUUUCACCCAAUGUCCCGCAGCUGCUCACCACAUAUUUAUAGCAAUAUUUUACUAAUUGAUGGACGAAAUCUCUGCCCUGGAGGAGUCUAAGGGAAUUCAUCUGCAAAAUUUCCUCCCCCUUGGAGUUUUUCUGAACAUGCUUCAGAAAAGAGUGGAGGCGGUUUCCGCAAUGCCGAGGGAUUUCGUCGACCGCCUGUGGGAUUAUGUAGAAAGGGUUCUGAUGCACCAUUGUGAUACACAAUGGCUACCCGCUGCUCCAGUCUUCCACGAACCCAGAGUACAUUGCGACCUGUAAUAAACCCAUGUCCAGGCAAGCAGAGUUCAUGGAGAUUCUGGAUUCGCCGCUGGCGGUUUCAGUUGGGUAUACUCAUACAGGCAGGAGUACACGGGAGCAUUCCGGUGAAGUCUUUUAAGAAGAAUAUUGAAGUGAUCGGUAAUAGGCUAGAAACGGUGCAUCUGAGGUCAUACUCCCAGAACGUGGCUCAAAAAGCAUUCGACCUGAAAAAGAAGAUGAUUGCGUAUUUGUAGAAAAUAAUAAUAGGAGAGAAAAUAUUUAAUAUAUUGAAUUGGCUUUAGAAGUGGAACCCCCUUCAUCAAAGGUCAAAUAACAUAACUUAUUGAAUUGUUUUUCUUUGUUAAGAUCUUCUAUAAACUUCACCACGGAUUCCUCCAUUCUUGGAUGCCCGCAAGGGUAUCCAAACAAAAAUCCCAUGGCAUUAAAAUCCUUAACUCGAG